AAUAAACAGUUGGGACCCCAUCACCUUCGUUCUCCGCUCGCUGUGACGGCGAGGCGAGAGGAUUCCGGCGACAGACAGAUGCGAUGCGAGAUGCGAGAGGGAAGAAGAGAAGUUUUAUUCAUCAGACAAGGCGAAGGGGGGAAAUCUCAGCCGAGACCAUCAGGUACAGCUCCCGCAGUGUGAUUUGGACUCAGCUCCUACGCCCCCCCUCCCUGCGCCGCGACCUGAGCUCUGCUCCCACUUGCCGCCUCAGGAACUGGGAAGUAGGUAGGCAUGUUGAGCGGCCACGCCGUGACGCUGAGCGAGAGGAGCGCCCCCGGGCCGCGCUUGAUCGAGGAUGUCCCGUCGGAGGCCGGCGACGAGGAGGUCGAGUCCACCGCGCGGGUGCUGUACCGGGCCUCGUUCCAGGAGCUGAUGCCCGGGUACCUGCAGUACGACACCAUCAUCUGGGCGCUGAUAUCCUUGGUGCUUGUCCUGGCGUGGGGGAUCGGUCUGCUCCUGCUCCUCUACCUGCCGUACAAGAGAUACGUGCUCAAGAGGGACAUCCUGUCCCGCCAACUCCAUGUCACCGAAACUAACAUAGUGUACAAGGCGACCAGGCCUUCCUAUUUGCCGUUCAUGGGGAUAGUCAAGAAAGAGAUUAAAGUACCUCUCCAUUUCAUCGUUGAUGUUAUAAUUGAGCAAGGCUGUCUACAAGCUGCUUAUAGCUUAUACACAUUUAGAAUAGAAAGCAUAGCCCAUGGGAAACCUGCUCCGGUGGAUGAACUGCAAUUUCAUGGUGUCCAUAAUCCAGAUCUUCUCAGAAAGGUUAUUAUCAGAGAAGCUUCCAGGAGAAACCAAGAAUUUCAUAUUCAGAGAACUAGAUUGUAUUCUGGGGAAGGCCCUUCCUAUAUUCCACCAACUAGUGGAUUCCACACUCCUAGUUCAAAGUAUGUGCAGGUCAAGGCUUCCUCAAGCCAUGAUGUCCUCUAUUCUAAGGGAACAAUUCCUGACAGUAUAUUACUCCACAAGCUUGAAGAAGUUAGUCGAUCAGUAAAGAAUCUUGAGUCUCUCCUCAUAGGAUCACAUUCAAGAGAAUGAUCUGAUAGAUGAUCAACACAUAUUCUGAUAUCAUCUUCUAUGAUUUACUCUCAAACAUGGAAACAACAGGAGGAACGAGUCGAGUCCUGCAAAGACCAUGGAAAUUAUGGAACAACUUUUGGUACUGAGAACGAGUUUCUAGUUUGAUUUCCUGGCAGGUAUUUGCUGUACAUAGGUCAUGCUGAUUCUUCCAAGUUUCACAAUCCAUAUACAAAGAAAUACAGAAUCAAUGGGUUGGGUUGCAAAGUAGAUCAACAUACAUGUAAGCUUUGUUUACUAUCCAAAAUGGUAUUUGGUGUUAAUAUCUUGCCUGGUGUGAAUAUGCUUUGUCAGGCUCUAAUUCGGUGGUGUAGAAGCAUAAGAUCUUUGAAUGUGAAUAUUGAAGAGUUAUGCAUGGUGCAACUAUUAUGCUCGUUGAACUCAAUGCUGAAGCCUGUGGUGAUGAUUAAAUUGCGAUUUUGUAGUAUAAAUGGUGUCCAAUAAGAGGUAACAUCAUUUGAAGGUGUAGAACUGCAUGCUUGGUCCUGCAGCUUGUUCUAACCUGAUUAUUAUCUGCUCGUUAUCAGUCAAGUACUCCUCUGUUCUUAAAUACAUUAUGUUUAAGACAAGCUAAUUAGUAAAGCUUGUCUUAAACAUCACAUUGUACGAUUCUGUCUAAAUUCAAAUAAUGUGCACAUUUUCCAAUA